UGCUCCCAAGUCCCAACUACACACACUUUCCUCAAGAAUCUCACUCUGUCGACAUUUUUUCUUUUCUUUCCCUAAAACAGAAUCUGAAAGAUCUAAUUGGAAUACGAAAAACUUGCAUGCAAAGUGAUACGAUUCAUUACUAGAGAGAGUUUUUAUUUCGAAUUUUUUGUUUCUGAUUCUAUUGAGGUGGAGAUGAAGAUCACGGCGUUAUUGGUACUGAAAUGCGGGCCGGACGGGUCGGAUCCGGUGAUCCUGGCGAACGCGUCGGACGUUAGCCACUUCGGCUACUUUCAGAGAUCCAGCGUCAAGGAAUUCAUCGUCUUCGUCGGCCGGACCGUCGCCAAACGGACCUCUCCCGGCCAGCGUCAAUCCGUUCAGCACGAAGAGUACAUGGUACAUGCAUAUAACCGAAAUGGCUUAUGUACGUUGGGUUUUAUGGACAAUCACUAUCCAGUUCGAAGUGCAUUUUCAGUGCUCAACCAGGUCCUGGAUGAGUACCAAAAGAAUUUUGGUGAGACAUGGAGGUCUGCACAAUCUGACAGUACUCAACAAUGGCCUUAUCUAAAUGAAGCUUUAACUAAGUUUCAGGAUCCUGCUGAAGCUGAUAAGCUGUUGAAAAUUCAGAGGGAGUUGGAUGAAACCAAAAUUAUUCUUCAUAAGACAAUUGACAGUGUUCUAGAACGAGGUGAGAAACUUGACAGUUUGGUUGAUAAGAGUUCGGAUCUCAGUGCUGCUUCCCAGAUGUUCUACAAGCAGGCGAAGAAAACCAAUCAAUGCUGCACAAUUUUAUAAAUGGUUGAGAGUCGUAGCCUCGUAGGGGACUGCUCUGCUCUACUCAUCCAAGGAUUUCGAGCAUUAAUGUAAUAUAAAGUGCCACAAAAAUUGGUGUUUAUAGUCAUUUAUUUGCGUGAGCUUGAAUCAUUCCAUUCUCUUGUACUCUCAGCCUCUGGUGUCAGGACAAGGACUCACCAUAUACUAAAAAGUGUUAACUGUUACAUCACUAUGCUCUGCUCAUAUUCUUGGAUUCUGCUAUUUAAAUUUGGAAACAUCUUUGGUUUA